CUGCUAGCGCCAGAGCAGCCUCUGAAACAAGGAGAAAUGGCGUCCGCGGACGUGGACAGCAGUCAAAGCGAGUUUCUGCAAACCGGUGGCGCAGCUGAAACACAGACGACAGAUAUGUCAGCCAUUCAGCUGACGGGUUCGGAUCGAUGGGAAGUGUUAACACCUGUGUCGGCUGGAAAGGAGGACCAAGGGGUCGUCCACAUUCAAAACUCUGGGAUUGUCACGUCCAACGGGCAGUUUGUGCUUCCGCUCGGGAAUCUCCCCAACCAGCCCAUUUAUGUUACAGCGUCCGGUAGUGAGGCUGCCGCCAACGGAGUGUCGGGCAUCCAGUAUCAGGUAAAAACACACACAAGCACAGUCGGAAUGCCACCAGGGCCCAGUUCAGUUAAAGAUGUUUUCAACAACCGAAUGCCCGUCUUCCAGGUCAUCCCGCAGAUUCAGAAUGCAGAUGGGACGCUUUCAGGAUUCUCAACACAGGGAUUGGAUGAUGGUACGGGGCAGAUUCAGCUCCUCCAAGAUGGCAGCCAGGGCGGCAUUGGAAUCAGCUGCGCCACAACAGCGACCACAGACCUUUUAACGCAGGGGGGCCAAGUUCAGUCUAUCCAAGGAGUGUCGUUGGCCGGCGGCUCGGCCUACACGGGCACCGUAGGGCUUCCCGGCAACAUUACCUUCGUACCCAUCAACAGCGUGGAUCUGGAGUCGCUCGGGCUGACCGGAGCCCAGACAGUCCCCAUCGCCACGGGGGUAACGCCCGAGGGCCAGCUCAUCAUGAGCAGCCAGGCGCUGGAGAGCCAAGGCCAAGACGGCGUCUCCAAGCAGUCGCUGGUGACGGUCAGCGACCCGGGCGCCAGCCAGGAGCUCUACGUGCCCACCUCCACCUCCUCCAACCCCUCGCACCUCCCCGAGACCAUAGACGGCACCGGCGUUCUCACCCAGGCAACCGCCGUGUCGGCAGGCGUGUCCGAUCCCUCCUCGGAGAACUUCAACUCCCACAACCACCUGCAGCAAAUCCAGGUGUCUUCCUCCAACGCCACCACUAUCUCUCAGCCCAUCCUGCAGCUGUCCGGGGACGGUCAGGCCCAGGUGGCCCAGGGCCAGGACCUGACUGCAGGGGCGGGCCAGACCCUCCAGAGUGUGCAGCUGGUCAACCCAGGAACCUUCCUCAUCCAGGCCCAGACUGUCACUGCCACCGGACAGAUCCAGUGGCAGACCUUCCAGGUUCAGGGCGUCCAGUCACUCCAGGGUCUCCAGUUGCCCCAGGGACAGGGACAGGCCCAGCAGUUGACCCUAGCCCCGGUCCAGACCCUUCCCCUUGGACAAACGGGCCAGGUCAGCCUGCCCAACCUCCAGACCGUCACGGUCAACUCAGUAACGCAGUCUGGAGUUCAGUAUUCGCAGGGAGAUGACGGAUCCAGUCCGGCCGGUAAGGCCACAGAAACCAGGCUUCAUUUUCACGUGCACAUCCUCCGUUACCUCCACCUGCUCCAAAUGAGCCCCGUGACCCCCUUCUCUCCCGCUUCAGGUAUUCAGAUAAAGGAGGAGCCCGACUCGGAGGAGUGGCAGCUGAGCGGAGACUCCACGCUGAACCCCAGCGACCUGAACAACCUGCGCGUGCAGAUGGGAGACGAGGACAUGGAGACGCCCAGCGGGGAGGGCAAGAGGCUCCGGCGGGUGGCCUGCACCUGCCCCAACUGCAAAGAGUCCGGGGGAAGGUACGCGCGGCCGGAGGCGCCGCCGCCGCGGGGCCCCGCCCCCCCCCCCCAGCCGCCGGCCGUCCUGACGCUCGCUCUCACCCACAGAGGCUCGGGAAUGGGGAAGAAGAAGCAGCACAUCUGCCACAUCGCCGGCUGCGGGAAGGUCUACGGGAAGACGUCCCACCUGCGCGCUCACCUGCGCUGGCACAGCGGGGAGCGGCCGUUCGUCUGCAACUGGAUGUACUGCGGGAAGAGGUUCACCAGGAGCGACGAGCUGCAGAGACACCGGAGGACGCACACGGGCGAGAAGAAGUUCGUGUGCUCGGAGUGCUCCAAGAGGUUCAUGCGCAGCGACCACCUGGCCAAGCACAUAAAGACUCACCAGAACAAAAAAGGUGGGGUUCCCUCCUCCACGUCUCCGCCCACCACCGACACCGUCAUCACCGCCGACGGCACCACGCUCAUCCUCCAGACCACCGCCCACGACCUCGUAGCCAAUCAGGAGAUCCCUCUGCAGCUGGUCACCGUGGCGCCCGGUGAGGUGAUGGAAUGAGGGGAGAUGGCGGGGGGGGGUGGUGACUUUCUUCUGAGAACUGGCCGAUCACAGGGACCUCUUGA